AUGGAUGAAGCUACCUGGGGAGGUUCUUUCCAAAAGAUGAGGCAGGUUGGAAGCCCACCCAAAAGGGAACAUCUCGAAAUGGCGCACAUUGCGGCUCUUCAAAAGGAGCAAAGGCAGAAUGAACGUUUAAACGGGGCAAAUGAUGAGAUGAGAAGAGAUCUGCCCUAUAACCGAAGUGAUCAUUACUCAAACGCUCCUCAGUACUAUCACUACCAUAGCGGCUUAGAGACGGCUCAUCCAAAGGAGGCAACUGUUAAAGACAUGCACCAAACGUUUUUGCUCUCGAACCAGGGCACUUACCCAGGCAAGCUGCCCCAAAAGGAUCAAUCAGGAGGGAGUCAAAAUGGUCCAACAGGAGAAACGAACAAACAUGAGGCGAACUCUCAAAUGAACCCAAUGCAGAAAUUGAGCAAAAAUUGUUUAAUCGAUAGCUAUCCAAAGGAUGAGCCUUCCGACUGUGAAAAAGGAACAGAAUACAAUUCGGCACAAAAUAUUUUAAGCGCAUUUGAAAAUGGUGCAUAUGUCAAUUCGGAGCAGACCUUACCACCGGAGUGUACUAAUAGCGACGUGUACUUCACCAGAGAGGCGUUAAAUAGUAUGAGCACUAUAAGCUAUCAGCACAAUGAUUAUCCCCCCAGGGGGGAGGACCCCGCACUAGUAAAUACAGGCACGCACAUUUUUAGCGACAAAAGGGAUGCACUCACCCAUGAUGGAGAAAAACUGUUAAUGUACCAACCGAGGGGGGGAAAUACACACCUUUCGAAUGAGUCGAUCACUCCCUGCACACGCAGACAGAACGCUGCAUCCAUUUGGGGCCACACCAUUUUGAAGGAGCAGCCACGAGAUGAGAAGACUGCCUAUUACAGUUACGAAGUGAAGGGGGAGGCUGAAAUGUGUGACACUUUGAAGGGGUACAAAAAUAACGGGCCCAAUGUGAGAAGCGUAAAUAUGAAAGCAGAUGUGAAGAUGCGCCAACCUGUUAAUAGCAGCCUAGCAGAUUGCCCAAACGGUGACUUACUAUGUGCUAAUAAGACAACCAUGGGAAGCGAAAAUAUUAAAAGACAUUUACAUCACCCUUUGAACGACUCUGUUCUGUCAAAUGGGCAUGUGGUCCAUGAGGAGGAUUCCCAGAAAGUGGCCUCCACCUCGAAGAAAAUUAUGACGCGUAAUUGGGCAGGGAACGAAGAAGAAGCUAACAACGGCGCGUUUAUUCCCCUCGGAGAGAAUACCCAGAUGGGCCAUUUUAAAAGGGCAGAAGUUCAGCCACACGACUUCUUCCAUGCAAAUUACAACACGUGCGCUUUGUCCAGAUCGAAUUUACGAGACGAUCCUGCUGAUCCGAUUUAUGACAAUACACAUUACUAUAACGACCAUGUGAAUGGCACCCCUCUCAAUGGUGGACCAAAUGGAUAUGGACUGAGACAAAGUAAACGCCGCGUUCUUCAUGUUGGUGGCUCGCGGAACGUCGGCACGCCCUCCUGCAAGGACGACCCCUCACACGAGGUGAAAUCUCCCAGUGUAACCACUCUGCCAGACCAGCGCACUACCCCCAAGACAGCCAUCUUCAACGGAGAAGACGAACAGAAUAUGAGCGAACCUACGUAUACUCAAAAAAUGAACCAGGCACGUGGAAUUUUCGAAGACAGCCCCCAACACACGAGCGGGAAGAACUACCUUAGCAGAUUUGUACAGAGCGACUACGAAAUGGGCAAAAUGGGCAAAAUGGAUCAAAUGGACCAACUGAACCAAAUGGACGAAAUAAGGAGCUGCAUUCCGGAACGGCCCUUAUAUGGCAACCAAAAUUAUGAUGUGCCCCAAAUCAUUCAAGGGAUAACGACGAAACAGAAGAACGGAAUUGUGGCGGAGUGUAAUCAAGACACCGUCAUAGAAUAUAAUGACAAGUGGCGAUUGGUGAAGGGAAAGCAGUUCGCCAUAAACCAGGCGGAUAAUUUUAAGUCAGUGGAAGAUUCGGCCACGUAUUUUCAAAACUAUUUAAAUGAACACAACGAAAAUACAAAGAGGAUGCUCACGAGGAUUAAUUUUAACUCCCUGACUGGAAAGUUUGUCAUAAAUUCUUUACGCGAUGCGGAUGGUAAUGCUGCUGGUGGUGAUGUAAGGCAGCUCAACCGAGUGUAUGAUUAUAAAGACACGCUGCGCUCCUACCCCGCCUACUAUGGCAUAUCCCAACAUAUGCACUCUGGCACAAAGGAAGCUUUAAAAUGUGGGGGGGAAAAAGGCGGGGGAGUUUUCCAAAAUGAUCAUCAUAGUGAUGGUAAAAACGUGCAUGAACAAAUGCGGAAGAAAAAAUCGGUUGGGAAAAAACCAAAUAUUGCCUUAUGUGGUGCUGGUGGUGGUGAUUAUCAGCUAAAGAAACGAAUUAAAGAUUUUGUGUCCCAAAAAAUGAGCGAUUACUUUAAUGUAAACUUUGUGUAA